AUGGAUUCUUUGCACGUUUGCGGUGCUGGCAAAUGCCAAUGGGAUGCUUCGCGGUAUGCCUGGUAUACAACUGCAGCCACCAAUUUUACUGGUGCCCUUCCAUUCGGAAAUGGUCGUUUAGCUGGGGUCGUGUAUGGCUCUGCUUCUGAAAAGCUUACCUUGAACGAAAACUCCAUGUGGAGUGGGCCCUUCAUCAACCGACUGAAUCCCAACGCCUCGGCUGGUGCAGUGGAUGCAAUCCGUUCGAAUCUAGAAGCAGGGAAUAUCACCGAUGGGAAUGCGAUUGCAUUAUCCAACCUGGAAGGAUAUCCUACUUCUCCAAGAAUGUAUAAUCCUUUGGUUGACUUGCUCUUGGACUUUGGACUUGGAACCUCUAAUAUUUCUUCGUACCUACGCUACUUGGAUACGUACAAAGGCACUGCUUUUGUAACAUACGAGUAUCAAGGCGUUAACUACACACGCGAAUACCUAGCAAGCUACCCUGCUGGCGUUAUUGCUAUCCGUUUAACGGCAAGUCAAGCUGAGAAGUUGGAUGUGAAUGUCUCGCUGGCCCGCACCCAAAACGUGACAGAUCAGCAUGCAAGCAUUAAUAGCAGUAUUGUCGGUAAAAAUAGUGUUGUACUUAGUGGCAACAGUGGGCAGUCCAGUGAUGCUAUUAGCUUUGAUGCUGAAGCUCGUGUCAUUAAUCAUGGAGGUUCUGUCAAGAUAUCGGGUGUGUCGCUUUCUAUUACCGGAGCAACGACGGUAGAUAUCUUUUUCGAUGCGCAGACAUCUUACCGGUACUCAAAUAAUGCUGAAUUAGAAAGUCAGCUCAAGAAAAACCUGGACGCUGCCGUUCAAAGAGGUUAUCCAAUGGUUCGACAAGAGGCUAUUGAGGAUCGCACGAACCUUAUCGGCCGUGUACAACUUGACUUAGGCUCCUCAUCAGGAAUUGGUAAUCAACCGACUGAUACCCGUCUCGCCGCGUACAAAUCCAGUCCUAACAGUGAUCUGCAGCUGGCAGUUCUCUUUUUUAAUUUUGGGCGUCAUGUUCUUGUCUCUUCUUCACGAGAGACGAAUGCCGCAAACCCAGGGCCGGGUCUGGCCGCCAACCUCCAGGGAAUUUGGAACCAAGAUUAUAGCCCUCCAUGGGGAAGCAAGUAUACAAUUAACAUCAAUAUUGAAAUGAACUAUUGGCCAGCAAUGGUGACUAACCUGCCAGAGGUGGAUGGCCCCUUCUUUGACCUGUUGGACACCGUCCUUCCACGCGGGCAAGCCGUUGCAAAGGCUAUGUACGGCUGUGACAAUGGUGGAUUUGUGACCCACCACAAUACAGAUAUCUGGGGCGACAGUGUACCUGUGGACUAUGGUGUUGGGUAUUCGAUUUGGCCCAUGGGUGGUGCUUGGCUCUCUCUGCAAGGCAUUGAACACUAUCGAUUUACUCAAGAUAAGAACUUUUUGAGACAGACUGCGUGGCCGAUUCUUCGAAGUGCAGCCCGGUUUUAUUUCUGUUACCUCUUUGAAUACGAAGGCUAUAUGUAUUCGGGUCCAUCUCUAUCUCCAGAGAAUGAAUUCUACAUUCCCCCAAACAUGAGGACGGCUAGAUCUACUGCUGGGAUUGACAUUGGUGUCACUUUGGACAAUUCAAUUUUAUACGAGCUCUUCAAAGCAGUAAUUGAGACCUGCGACGCUCUCAAUAUGCAGAAUAGUGACUGCAAUGCGUCACAGAAUUUGAUUACUAAGAUUCAACCUCCCCAGAUUGGCUCAUACGGCCAGAUUCUCGAAUGGCGCUACGAGUACAAUGAAACAAGCCCCGGUCAUCGUCACAUGAGUCCUGUUUUUGGUCUCUUCCCUGGAUCUCAAAUGGCACCAUUAGUGAAUUCUACUCUAGCUGCCGCAGCUAAGACGUUGGUCGACCGCCGAAUGGCAUAUGGAAGCGGCAGCACCGGUUGGUCCCGAACUUGGGUUGUGAGUCUAUACGCUCGGCUUUUCGAUGGAGAAACUGCGUGGAGUAAUGCUCAGACUUGGAUUCAAACAUUCCCAAGCAUCAAUUUAUGGAAUAGUGAUUCCGGGCCUGGGACCGCCUUCCAGAUUGACGGGAACUUUGGUUUCACGACCGGAAUUGCCGAAAUGCUCCUACAAAGCUACAAAGUGAUUCAUCUAUUGCCCGCCUUACCCUCCGCUCUUCCCACGGGGAGUGUCAGUGGCCUCGUUGCUAGAGGCAAUUUCCUCGUGGACCUUAUCUGGGACAACGGUAACCUGGUGGAUGCGACCAUCACCUCGCGAAGUGGUGGUCUGUUAGACUUGCGAGUCCAGAAUGGCACCAGUUUCUCCGUUAAUGGCGUCAAAUACAAUGGUGCUAUUUCAACUAGGGCAGGUUCAGUCUACAAGGUGACCCUGUGA